UUUUCAACCGAAAGCAGAUUGGAUUAUGAUGUACAUACAGACAGGAAGCAUGUACCAUAUGGUGCCGACCUAGAGAUCCUCCACAUCCUGCAGGCUUUCCUACCUCCUCGCUGCUCUCCCUCCACAAUGUGCGCCCCCCAAGGUACUACUCAGAGACGCCCGAGUGGUGCCUAUGUCAUGUCGAACAGCUUCCUUGCGCAUACAUCUUGCACUCCGUUUUCUUAUGGGGACUCUUAGCAGCAUGUUUAGAUCUUCCGCAGCCAGUCCUGACUCAUGUGCAGCGCUAGAUGGCAGCUCCGAGCUCGGAGAGGCUCUGAGUCGCAUGGAUAUGUCAAUAGCCUACAUAGCAGUAGACAAUUCAAUAGUUAGCAUUAGUUCAGUUCGACUAAAUGGCACUUAUCAUAUAUAGGAUGUGGUCGUCUGCAUUCGAAAGUGGACUUGAAUGAUCUUGCCCGGAUGGGCCGCUCAGCUCGCUGCAAGUCUACUGUAAACCGACGUCGAGAUUUUGGAUUUGCAGAGCUGAAUAGCCGUGGAAUAGCAGGUAUUUGCGAGGUGUAUGCAUCGGUCGGGAAAGUUGAUAGGGCAAAG